UGAGCAAAGUGAAGGUGUCGUCAAAUUUAUCCUUGUAGACGCAGCUGCAAAACAAAAUUAAUCCUUUUCUCGCCCCAUUCAAAAAAGUAGAAAAAAUGGAAUAGUGCUACGGGUGAAUACUUAUUUCGUGCAGACGAACGUUUAGGCUUCUAGCCGCUUGGUACUGGAUCGCAUCUGAAAAUGGAAAACGGCAACGGAAAAGUGAUGCAAUAGAAAAAAAAAGUCUCUAGUUUAAAGAUUCGUAACUCCCGUCUGAAAAUAAUUGUGUUGCGUGAGUUGAUUGUAUGCUGAGUGCACUACAUCUAGAGCCAUAUAAAAGAUAGUAGGAAACUUGGUAACAAACUAUUUUAGUUCGUAUUAUUGUCCAUUGUAUGUGCAAUCGAUUAUGAAUGUUUGUACGUGCAACGGAAACUUGUGAUACUGAAUUUGGAGCCAUCAUUAAAAAUUCCUCAAACAUAAAAUUAAGUAAGGAAAGUCACUCAAACCGUGCAAAUUUGUUCGACUAGUCUGAAAACCCAAGCCUAUGGCGACGUAGUAGACCCUGGAAAAAAUAGCUCAGCAGAGAAGAAAGUUUUUGUUUAUGGUAAACGACGAAUCUGCUGGGGAUUGUUACACAAAUACCACAGCAAAACGGAAGGGUCGAUUUCGUCAGUAUACAAAACGGAAUAGGCUAUAGGCAUAUUUCCAGCAUAUGAAAAGCGUGCGUGCAAGAAAGAAGGGAGAGACCUGCGUCUGUAUGAGUGUGUAACAUCCGAAUUUUUUAACGAGCUGAAUAGCAGAAGCAAGCCUUUGAUAUUUACUACAGACGAAACCAUUUUUUCGAAACAACUAGGCUAGGCUUCAAAAGCUGCAAUGCCAAUGGCAACAACUAAUGAGAUGGUUAGCUCGAAUUAACGAAAAUUAAAAAAAAAAUAAGUGAAAGUUGAUAAACUCCAACAUCUGUGAUAUAUGUGUAGAUAUUAUUUCACCUUUAUACCGCGCAUAUACUAAUCAGCAGAGCACUAGAAGGCGACCUGUAACGACUCACAAAAUACCUACAUAAGUUCAAAUUCAAAUCGCCCAGCUUAAUAACUAUAGUUGCGGAAGUAAUACGGUAUCACAGGCUGUCGAAACGGCGAUUUGAACCACUACUACUAUCAUUCGAUUCCAAAGAUAUUUCGAGACAAAUUUGCCAUCUCACUAAAAUAAGAAGAUUUAAUAAAUCUUUUAUAUAAGCUGAGUCCAUUCAUCUAUAACUAUCAUCGUGACCUGUGUUAACGGUCACUCAAAUCCCAACCCCCUCAUUAUCAUCUGCAGCAACACCAUUAUCAUCGAUAGGUGGCCCACAACUACAACACAAAGAAGGAUGGAGGGGAACAUCUCCUUUUUGGACUGAAGAAAAAUAAAUCUCUAAACUCUGCUGGAUACUCUACCUUGAGGAUUUUUCUCGGUGUUUGACCGAGUGCGGAGAAGACACCGUAAGAAAGUGUAGUACAGGAAUACGAAACUGCGCGUACAGUGUCAGCUGAGCAAAACUGAAACACACACACAGCCAAUUCAGCUGCGAGAGAGACAGCAACGGUUUAAUACAUUCCAUAUCACAACGGCUGAAAGAGCAGUGUAGAAAAUAUACAAUUGCGGUACUAGAUCAUCAGCCAGAUCUCUUGGGGUAUGCCGUACAGGCUCUCCUGAACGAAAUCUUCACGCAAGUCGUCAUUGUAGAAUCUAAUAUCGAAUCGAAUAGUUCUUUGUUACUGACAUUGGGGUAAAGCAAAAGUGAGAGCCAUAAUCACGGAAGCAUCCGGGUACUAGGCCAGCCCUCAGUAUGUCUGUCCCUGUACGCUGCUAUUCUGUCGAUACGAUGAACAACAUCAUCGACCAGAAACAGCACGUCGACAUCGGUAGUGGCAAUAGCAAUAACGCCCGUAUGGACGAAGACGAAACGAUGUCGAUGCUGUCUGGUAAGGUUCAAGUAUCCGAGGAGAUGCAACACGACCAGCGGAUGUUGUCAGAGGGCCGGCUUGGGACACCGGAUGCUGCUGAUGCAGUUCUUAUGGAGUCGCAGGUGGACGAACCGGUGGCGAGCAACUAUCAUCACCAUCAACAUCAUCAUAUGAUGGGCGCCAACGGUGGUGCUGCAGCGACGACAAGCAACGAUGGCAGCCACUUCGCAGGAAGUGGUCUACACGACAUGGCUACUGGUGGUUCCGGUGCCAAGUCGCUAUCCCCACAGAAACAACCACUAUUGACAUCAUCACCCCUGCAGCCACAACAGUCCCAAGCCCCCGAAUCGUUUGAGCAGAUGAUGGCCAAGCUGAGCGAGCUGCUCGCACUGGAGCCGAAGUAUCAGCCGAACCUCUUCUUGCCGCAGCUGUCAUGCAAUGGCGAAAUCACGAUCGGGACUCGAGACGGUGCCGCCCAUGUCCUGCGGUGCCUGAAGGUCUGGUACGAACUGCCAAACGACGUCCUGUUUGCGGCCAUUAACUUGGUCGAUCGGUUCCUGACCAAGAUGAAGGUCCGGCCGAAGCAUAUGGCCUGCAUCUCGGUUAGCUCGUUCCAUCUGGCCGUGCAGCAGCUGAGCCUUCCGCAAAUCGACACCGAAGAUUUGGUCGCUAUUUCACAGUGUCGUUGCACGUCACGUGAUCUAGUGCGCAUGGCAGACAUCGUGGCCAACAAACUCGGUGUCCAGAUCAACAGCGCUCCCGUCACAGCCUUGGCCUUCAUUCGACUGUUUUACUACAUCUUUGAAAAUGCUGCGAAUGCGCUUGGCCUAAGUGACAUCUUCUCGUCAGCAGUUUCCCUGGCCGAUCUGGAAAUGCGGCUGGAGAUUCUGGCUUGCGAUGCUAGCUGUGCCAGCAUUCGACCUUCGGAGCUGGCUUUGGUCAUGAUCUUCACCCAGAUGGAUGCUCACGUCAGCGCCAAUAAGGAGCAUGGGCUGUACAAUCAGCAGAUCCACGACCUAGUGGAUUAUGCGAUUCAGCUGCAAAAAUUUUGUCGGAUCCCCGACAGCAGUUUCUUCUACAGUCACAGUAUUGUCGCUAAGAUUUUGUCGCAGUACAACGGUCAGCACAAGAUGCCGUACAAGCAGCGUUUGGUGUGGAAGCUAUCUUCCCGCACCAUGAAGGUUUUACGGCCGACCGACAAGCUGACUUCGUAUCUGCCGACCAUUGCCGAACACCAUCAAACCCACAACAGUCACGUGAACAACAAUAAUCUUAGAUUUAGAACCGGAAGCGUCAGCUCGGAAGACGAUGGCGAAGAUUGGCCAACCUCACCUAUUGUAGCAGUUUGUGAACAGUUUGACGAGUAAAACGACAACAAGAUUUUCUCUCUUUGUGUGCCCGUUCUAAUUUGUGUUUGUGUGUGCUGGGAGUUACACUCCCUGAAAAUACCCACAACUGUUCAGCACGGCACCCUCCGCUGAGUAUUGGAAGAGAGCAAGAAUUAGAACUUCCUUUCAGUUUGAGUGAAUUGUUUCGUCUAUUACUCCAGCUACUACUACAACCGUAACAACUAAAAAAAAUACGUCUAUUAGUUAAUUUAUUAUCGUUUCGUUGAAAUAUCGUUUUUGAACUAUAAUAUUUGAUAAAAAGUUACAAAAUUAAGGACACGUGACAUAAAAAUUGUGAGGAAAAAUAAUAUAAAGGAAAACUACGGAAAACUGUGUGUGCGAACAGUGUUUCCUUUCUGAAAGAAGACAUUCUUCUCUAACCAGCACGUAAUAACAUCAACAACUAGUGUGUGUGCAAGCGCGAACACGCUGUGAUAUUCCAUCGACAAGGAAAGGAACAAGCAAACCUAAGAGGGGUCUUUAAUGUGGAAACCCAAAUAUUCUACAUUCGGGAGACAUCAAACGCCACAGCUUCCGGAGAGCAGAAAUCCUAGAGUGGAAUUAGGAACUCCGAAUAUUUCAAUCAUCAGAAGACAAGGUGAUCUGUGCGUGUGUAUGCUCUGGAUUCUCGAUCGUAGAAUCAUCGACAUUACAUCAUCUGACUUACUUAACAACACAGCAACAACAAAACUACGUCAACGAUAGUUCCGAACAACAACCUGUUCUAGUAUCGUCCCUACCACCUCGUAUUCAAACGUAUGGUAGGCAUCAUCAUACAAUUGGAAGGACGUUUCUGGGUUCACCCGUGUUUCUUUUUUUAAGGAUUCGUAAGAAAAAACUGUGGGUAGAAUAUAAUAACUAUUCGUUGGACGUAGUAGGGUUUCUUUAUUAUCUUCACUGAUUUUGUAAAACUAGAUUCUAACUAAAUACACACUCUUUGUUUUAAUUACUCAUAUCCGAGACUAGCGCUGCAUAUUAAAAAAAUCACAAAA